AAAAGUUUCCUUUUGUAUGAUCGUCAAAGACCCAUAGACGUCAACAAUUAACUACUCCGUACUACAUCUCCACCAUUUAAUUUCUCUCUCUACAUAUUCUCUCUCUAAAACAUGGGCCUUUCAUGGAGUUCCAGAAGAAGACACAACCGCCGCCAGAACCACAACCAUCAACACCCAUCUCUCCCUCAAUCCAACCCUCCAUUUUCAAACCCUCCUCCAGCACCACCCACACCGUCACCGCCGCCACCGUCCUAUGCCUUCGCGGCGAACGCUCCUUAUCAUGCGCCCCAAAACCCCCCUCCUCAAAAUCCUUAUCCUACGCUCCCUUCUCCCUCACCCCCUCCUCAAUUCCAUGCCCACAAUUACUCCAAUUACGCUAGACCCAUGGUGGGUCAGUCCAGUUACAAUCCGUAUUACUCCAAUAUGAGUAGUGGGUGGACCCCUCCGGCGGGGCCAUCGCAGCUGGUAUCUCCGCCGCCUUAUGUGGAUCAUCAGAGUACGAAGAGAAUCAAGAAUGAUGCGAAUGUUCAUAAGGAUACAAUAAGGGUUGAAUCGGAUGACGAGAAUCCAGACACCCACUUGGUUUCUUUCAUAUUCGAUGCCACCGUCGAUGGAAGUAUCACCAUUUUGUACUUUGCCAAGGAAGAAGCCAACUGUACCUUUACUUCGUUGUUCCCUGAGAUCCAUAAGUCUGUGAGAAUUCCCUUUCAGAAAGGAUCGGGCCAGAAAUUCUGUCAGCCUUCAGGAACUGGAGUUGACUUAGGCUUCUUUUCCACGGAUGAGCUAUCAAAGCCUCUUCCUGAAGAUGUUUUUCCACUUGUUAUAUCAUUGGAGUCAUGUUUACCAUCUACGGCGGUUGAUGAGCGGCCUAAUAAACCACUGGUGACUACAAAUGUUCAUGCACAGAUCACUCAAGCUGUCUUGGAGAAGAACAAUGAGGGCCACUUCAAUGGGAAAGUUAUCAAGCAGAUUUUGUGGGUUGAUGGAGUUCGCUAUGAGCUACAUGAGAUCUAUGGAAUCAGCAAUUCGGACAAAGCAACCAUCAACAGCAAUGAUUCAGGAAAAGAAUGUGUGAUUUGCAUGACCGAGCCGAAGGAUACAACUGUUUUGCCAUGUAGGCAUAUGUGUAUGUGCAGUGAUUGUGCCAAAGAAUUGAGGCUCCAGUCGAAUAAGUGUCCUAUAUGUCGCGAGCCGAUUCAGAAGCUUAUCGAGAUUAAGGUUAAUGAUGUACCAGCACUACCAUAAGGAGGGUGUUUAGUAGGAAGACCUAUACUUGUACAAAAGAAACUACAAAAAAAUAAUGGGUGGUUGCUAUUUGUACAGCCCUUUAAGGGACAGUUUCAAAUUUGGGAACAACCACCAUUUUCUUUGUACAAAAUUUGAUUAUUUUUUCAUUUGUCUUAUUUUUAUUUAUUUUUUAAAAUUUGGAUAUAUCCUUUCUCUUGAUUUGGUGUGAUUACAUCUCCGCUGAUGAAAAGAAAUUAUAGUUAUUGGGAA